AGAAAUUAUCAUAGCGUCGGUAAACAAAAAAAAAAAAAUUAAAAAUAAUCUUUUGUAAUAAAAACAAGUAGUGAUUAUGUGAGAAGAAAUAAAAAAUCGUUUUCUUCGACUUGACACAUCAUCUCGUGCCCUUUUAACGGAAAACUUAAUAAACCGUAAACAACAAAAAAAAAAAAGGAAAGAAAAACUCAUUUGGAAUUUAAAUUUUUAUGAUUAACAUAGCAGUUAUUAUUAUUCUUGUCUAAAUUGAUAAACGGAAGAAGGAGAAUUACGGAAAAACGAGCUCAUUUGCAUUUUAAUCAAAUCACUUGUUUACGGUCGUAUUACGGUGUUAUUUGUUUUUCUUCAUUAUUGUGCGAGUGUGAAAAACUGCCAUUAUGUAUAUAUUGUUAUUGUCAUUGUGUUGCGCUUAAUUCAUUUGUAUUUUUUUCUAAAAUCGCUUUUUAACAAAACAACAAUAGUACACGAUUUUAAUUUAUGUUAAGUGGGAAAAGUAAACAAUGUAUGGAAUAUAUUUUCUAUGCACUUAGAAAGGAAAACACUUUCACUUUAUUAUUAAUCCAUAAGUUUUCCAUUCAACGAUUGCUCGCAUUGGUUCAAUUGGUUCAAUUAUGGAAUUUAAUUUACCUUAGAAAUUUCUUUUUCGAUAAGGGAUUCAUUCGCAACGUGUCAAUUGAAUUCUCACUAAUUUGUUUUCCAAUUAAAUCACAGUGCGAGCUAAAGAACGGUGAUAGAUGGCAUUGAAAUGUUCGGCAGUAAAUUUACGCAUAUAUAUGUCGUUGAAGCAAUGAUUUAACGGAAAUUACGUUAAAAAUCGAAGAAGAAAAUUUAAUCAAGCGCUUCUAUGGGCUUAAGGAAACCGGUUUGGCGAUAAAGAAUUCAGCAAAUAUAAAAACGGCAACAGCAAUAGAAAUACGUACACAUACACACACACAAUAUUUAUUAAUGGCGAAUGAAUAGGAAAGCAAAGUCUCAAGGGACUAUGAUAUCUAUGAAACGAAUACAACGAUGUGUUAGGCACAGCGAAAGUAUAGAUUAAUCCGGUGCGUGUGUUUAAAUGUGCAUCGAUAUACAAAUCGAAUGAAUUUAUGCAUAUGCUUAAAAGCGUGCAUGAGUACAGUUUUUAUUGACUUUUUUAUUAUUUGAAUACAAAACAGAUGUUUAUCACGAACAAUUCAAUCAUCAGUUCAUUUAUUGUGCAAAAUUUUUAUUUCGCUGACUUAUAUAAAACUAAUAUGAAUGGAAAAUGGCAACGACAAUAAGGUGAUGAAAAGCCAUGUGGACGUAUGUGAUGGCAUCUGCCCGCGGAGAUCGGGCUCACUCUAUGAUGUCAUCGAGGCGGCGACAAGAAACUGAUUCGCCAAUUUACCAAUACAACGUUUCCCGUCCUCUUUAUCGCUCUGCACGUAUUAAUGGACGAUCUACUCAGAAUUCAAACAACUUCACUUUAAGUACAUCAUAUCCUUAUAAUUCAACACGAGGGAAUUAUUCUACGGAGAAUACUACUAACACGACGAACAGUUUUAUGCAAUUGAGUAACCGAAAUAAUUUACAGCAACAUCAGCAGCAGCAGCAACAGCAGCAACCGCAACAGCCACAAGAAAAAUGUCAAAAUCAUAUCAGUGGAAUCGACGAUGGCUAUACGAACUCAGGCAAAAGUGAAUCUUACGAAAUGGAAGAUGGUACCAGUCUUUUUUCACCACUAACCCCCAGCUGUACAACGGUUACACCUGCAGACACAGCAAUACUUAUAGGACGUAAACACUUGUUAGCCAAUCGUAAUAAUACAUCGACAAAUAUAACAACAAGAAAUUGUAUGGAAAAUCCUGCUGCUGUAGUUAGAUUAACGUCGUCAAAUUCGCAAGCACUUCUACAACCUGAUUACAAUGCUGAUGAUAACAGUGAGCAAAUUGUUAAACAUACUGGGAGACAAUUUAAUGCCUUACCUUCUUAUCAACGUGAUCGUAAAUCUUAUUAUUAUGUGCAAGAUGAAAAGCAAAACGAUAGAGGAGGAGGAGGAGGAGGAGGAGGAGGCGAAGGCGAUAUUGAUGAUGUCAAUGACGAUGAAGAUGAUGAUGAUGACGAUGCUGAUAAUAAUGAUGAUGAGGACGAUGAAGAGCAGAAAAAUGGUAAAAACUAUCAUAAAAGUAAUACUAAAUAUAACAACAAACUAUCAUUGGUAGCUCAAGUCGGAAAAAGAAAAACUACGAAGGAAUUGUGA